UCAGUUGUGAAAAGUUUGUUUGACUAUAGAAGUGUCCGUGCUCUAUUUGUUUUUUUGUUUUUUUAGUAAAUUGUAGAAAUGUGCAAAUUUUAAAAUAUGUGAAAAAAUGUGAAAAUGUGAAGUCCUCUUUGCUGUUGGGCCCACUGAGAAGGAGAAGGGGAACCUGAGAAGGUCCUUGCUGCAUUUUGUAUGUGAUAGGUGCCUCUUCUAAUGGAGGUCCUUACUGUCUGCGGAUCCGCUUAAGAUCCCUCUGCGCUUUAGCUUGCUGAGGAGAGGGUCCUUAGCAUGCAUACCUGACAAUGAGGUCCUUACUGAUUUUGGGCCCACUGAGGAGGACCCUACCGGAGCUGGAUCCGCUGAGAGGGCGGAAAUGAAUGCAGGAAAACACGCAAAACCUUUUGGAAUACUGAUUGGUGCAUUUUUCUAUAUUGACGCCCAAAAAGUAUGUAUGAUGCUUAUUGGAAAAUCGUCAUGGAUGCCUUUCGCUGGGCAUUUAUUGGUAGCAUUUAUGCAAUUGGGUAUUGUGGUCUGCUAUUUGCAGUUUCUGUUUGUUAAUGGAAUAAUUUCUACAUAAAUAUGGGUAUCUUAAUCAACUAGAACGGUCAGCCCGAUGCGUACAUAAUAAUUGUUGAUUAUGCCUUAUUCAGCAUUCAUUUGAGGAAAGCUUGCCACAAUUGUGUUUAUUGAACGGUUUGUAUGCAAAAUGCGUAUUAAAUGUGCUGGAAUACAGAACCUGGUCAGUAAGGGAUCUUAAACAUUUAUAUGUAUACAUACGUGGUCCGUUUGAAGCAGUGGAUGUUUAAUUUAAUUUUUAUUCAUAAAAUAUUUCUUCAAAUUUGUACAUAUUUUAAGGAGGCAAUGGGGCAUAUACAUAUAUUUUUUAACGUAUAUAUAUAUAUGCAAAGCAUUUGCCACCAAGAGCUCAAAUUAACAUAACAGAGCAUAGCAUAACAUAACAUAACAUAACAUAACAUAACAUAACAUAAUAACAUAACAUAACAUAAUAACAUAACAUAACAUAACAUAACAUAACAUAACAGCAGCAGCUUAACAAGGCGCUAAAGUGCGAAGUCAUGCAUAUGUGCUGUAAACCAUAUUUGCUUACAUUACAUUAACCGCGAUAAUAGUGAAUCGAUAGAUUUUCUUAUCGAAUUUAAAUGCCGUUGGAAUUUAAUGGAUAUUUUUCGCGCUAUUUGUGUUUACAAUUUUGAAUCUAGCACUUUUGAAUGAAAUACUUUUGACAGUUGAAAUGAAAAGCCAUUCUAGCUUUAUUUUAGAAACGUGAAGCCUUAUAGCAUAUACAUUUAAAAUAUAUAUAUUCAAAAAUCAAAAUACUGUUAAGAAAUGGGACACCUAAAGCAAUAUUUCGCCGGUUUGGUGGCAGCCUUCGGUGCCUUCUGCUUGGGCACUUCCCUUGGCUGGUCGGGUCCCGUGGGAAACUCGGUACUCUCGGGUGAAGCAUUUAAGUUUGCGCCCAGCCUGGAUGAAUGGAGUUGGGCUGCCUCGCUCUUUACACUGGGCGCCGCGUGUGUGUGCAUACCCGUUGGAAUAUUGACAUUUCGAUUUGGACGGAAAUUGAUAAUGCUGUUGCUGAUGUUGCCCUGUCUACUGGGCUGGGUCUGCAUCAUUGGAGCACAACGUCCGUUCAUGCUAUUAAUUGGACGUUUUAUAUUGGGCGCUUCCAUUGGCAGCUUCUGCCUAACGGUGCCCAUAUACACGACAGAGAUAGCCGAGGUCGAGACACGCGGCGUAAUGGGCUGUUUUUUUCAACUAAUGUUUGCGCUUGGAAUACUUUUUAGUUUCGUGGUUGGCAGUUUAUGCAAGGUAUUUUUACUUAACAUACUGUGCGGCGUCUUUCCGGCCAUAUUUUUUUUGACAUUCAUGUGGAUGCCCGAAUCGCCGGUAUUUCUGGCGCAGAAGGGCAAAACGGAGCAGGCCGAAAAGGCAUUGAAAUGGCUGCGUGGAAAAGAUUCGGAUAUUGGCGCUGACUUGGCUGCAAUGGAGGCCGAUAGCAAAAAGGAGAAGACCAAUAUAUUUAAAUCAUUGUCGCGCAAGGUCACAAUCAAGGGCUUAUGCAUUACAAUCACGCUGUUGCUGUUCCAACAAUUCUCCGGCAUUAAUGGCAUUUGCUUUUAUGUGGCCACCAUUUUCGAGGAGGCCGGCACUGGCAUGUCACCGGCGAUCUCUACCAUCUUAAUUGGCGUGGUCGGAGUUGUUGCAUUGAUACCGGCCAUCCUAUUUGUCGAUAUGGCCGGGCGCCGCAUAUUUCUGAUUGUAUCUGGCAUAUUAAUGUUCCUCACCACCUUCAUAAUGGGCGCCUACUUCAAGUGGCUAAUGGAGAAAAAGGUCGGCUGGCUGCCCAUGGCCGCUAUUUGUAUAUUCGUCUUUGGGCUCUCGAUGGGCUUUGGCCCGGUGCCGUGGCUUAUAAUGGCCGAGAUGUUUGCAGAGGAUGUCAAGCCCAUUUGUGGCGCCAUCGUGGCCACCUGUAGUUGGUUAUUUGCCUUUUGUGUCACCAAAGUAUUUCCAUUAUGCUUGCAAGAUCUCGGUCCGUCAACGACAUUUUGGGGAUUCUGUGUCAUUUCGUUUUUAGCGAUUAUUUUUGUCAUCUUCGUUGUGCCGGAGACCAAGGGCAAGAGCUUAGAUGAAAUCCAACAGCUGCUCAAAGGCUAAGUAGAUCCAAGGUAUU